ACCGGACCUGCCGUGCGGGGUGGUGCGGCGCCGCGGAGUGUGUUUGGCGUAGGGCGAGAUGUUGUGUUGUUGUGGCGAUCAGCUGAAUGUGGCAUCGCUGUCCGGUCUGACACAACAGUGGGAAGCACCCAGAGCCCCUCCGGCUCUUCCUGCGCUCAAACGCGGGCACCGAGAGCAGCUCUAUCCGGCGCAGCGCAAUCCAGGAAAUGCGGACUUCUGGCCCUUUCGCUUCGGAAUAAAUGGCUGCAGCGUACGCACUGAAGCAAGCUGGUUUGCCGCAUUCUGAUGACUGAGAGUGCAAAUACAAAGCAGCUGACCGUGAACGACGGGUACAGUAAGCUGCGUGGGAGAAUUUGCACUGUGAUCUUGACAUCCACGCAUCAGUGCAACUUGUGGAUGCAGAGAGGACAGCUUUCGAAAAUUGCCUGUGAAGCGUCUCUGAGGGGGAAGACCAGACUGCUCUGUCAGACCCAUUCAGAUGCUGAACGGCUAACGUAUAAUAAACAAAGGAGAUGCAAGGAAGACCUCGGGAAAGCUUUUAGAAUGGCCUGGGUUGGACUGAAGCGAGGCUACUUUGGACAGAGAGAUGAUCCAUGUUUACCUGCAUCCAUGCAGCUCCAGGGCACCUUUUAAUGAUGCCUCACAUGGUCCUCCAUAAAAACUCCAGGCCCACACUGAAAAAGGCCUUCCUCUGUGAUUUAAAAGUCAGUGUGUUGAUGAACCCCUGCCUCUGACCUCUCUGCUGCCAUGCGGUUAGUCCCAUGAGGCUCAGAGAGCCCUUCCUUGUGUGUCUUUGAGGCCUCCUCCCCACUCUAUGGAGGCUGAGCCUAGCCGUCCAGCUGAUGGGGAGCGCCCUGGAAGACAAGAGCAGCAGCAUGCCACAGCUGAAUCCUCACUAGGGUCUUGUCCACCACUGCAGCCCCAGCAGCCUCCUAAUCCUCGGCCUGUACACAGAUCCUUGGGCCGCCUGCAGAACCGGCAACCAAAACGCACUGACCUUCUGCUUAGGUUACAGCAGCAGCAAGCAGUAGCAUGGCAGCAUUCAGACACCCCAGGUACCUCAGGAGGAAGCUUCUGCUUUCCAACUUCCCCAUCAACCUCAUCCCUCCCCUCUACUUCCAGCCAGGGUGAACAUGGUCAUGGGGUCCCAUCGCAGUCCAGCCAAGAAAACCCAGAAGUGGUUAGCUCACCAAGAAAAGGAGAGAAAAAGCCCCAGAAACCAGGGAAAUAUGUGUGCUCUUAUUGUGGCCGUCCAUGUGCCAAACCAAGCGUACUUCAGAAACAUAUUCGUUCACAUACAGGAGAAAGACCCUACCCUUGUGGCCCUUGUGGAUUUUCCUUUAAGACCAAGAGCAACCUGUACAAGCAUCGCAAGUCCCAUGCCCAUCGUAUUAAAGCAGGCCUAGCAUCCAGUCGAAAUGAGCCCAGUUUGAGUGGACCAGAAGGUAGUGGUGUUGGAGAGGAACCUGAGGAACACACAGAUGGAGAAAGCACUGAGUCUGAAGAGGAGACAGGCCAACACAAGAAAUCCUCCUCUAAAGAAAUGCUGGGCCACCAGAGGAAAGGUAGCAAGGAGCCGUUGGAGGAGAGCCAAAGACCUGAAGACUCCCAGGCUGUAAAGCAGAGGCUAGCAUUGAGGCUUAGUGAAAGGAAACGUGGCCCAAUGGCAUCUCCAGAUGAUCCUCCUUCCUCUCUCUCCACCUCAUCUUCUUCUCUAGGCCCUGGAAGUAAAGGCAGCACAGAGUCUGGCUACUUUUCUGGAUCAGGCAGCACGGACCUGUGUCAGGUUAGCCCUCCCAGUGCCAGCGCCAAAACAUAUGCAGAAAUUAUUCUUGGGAAAUAUGGAAGGCUGGGAGGGCAGCAGCGCAGUCCCCAUCAACAGCAUCCUCAUACAUCACUUUCAUCAUCCUCAGGGACAGAGGACAAGAGUAUUCCCUUCAAUGUACCCAAAACUCAAGUAAUAGAACACAUUACCAAGCUCAUAACCAUCAAUGAAGCAGUAGUUGACACUAGUGAGAUCGAUAGUGUAAAGCCAAGGCGCUCUUCUCUGUCCAGGAAGAGCAGCAUGGAGUCACCCAAAUUUAUUACCCCUAAAGAUCCCUAUAUAUUUGAUCCCAAAGGAGAAGUCCCCGGCCCCAGUGGUUUGAGGCACCUCCACAAUCCUGAGGCAGAUCCAUUAGGAACCCAAGAGCUGUCAGCAGUUCCUCUGCUGAGAUGCCACUCAAUGCCAUCCCCUACCAGUCAAGGAGAGCAGUCCACCUCUGGCCCCAUGUCCCCCAGAAGUUACCGUCUCUGCCAGUCGUUUGAUGAGCAGCAAGCAGUGGUAGCAGAGAUGAGGGUUGGCCAUGCCCAGCGUAUGCUGCGGCGCCAGCCUGCCAUAGAAGUCCCAUUGGGAGCUGAGGUCAUGCUUGAGGAGGCCAGUCCCACUUCUUCCUACUCAGCCAGACAGCCACAGCAACAACAACAACAGCCAAGAAGUCCAAGCCUGUUUGUGUGUGAAGCCUGUGGGGCCCCCUUCCAACACAGUGAUCUCUAUGAUGCACACAGAGGAAUAUGCCCAGGGCGACAAAAAGUAGAACAAAAGAGCAGAGAUGUGGGUAAAACAUCCAGGGAGGAUCGCCCCCCAAUGAUGAUGCACUACAAAUUCAGAGCACUGGCCAUGGCCGUGAGGAAGAGAAGGAAAGAGGAAAGUCUGGAGGAGGAUCCUCCCAGCCCCGGAUCUGUAGCCAUUUCAGGCAGCUCUACUGGGCUCAUUCCUAUGUCAAGCAGACCAGAGCAUGGCCAGGUCCUCUCAGGUGUUCCUUUACAGACUGAUCCAAAACCAGACCAGGAUAGAAAGGGUGUGUCUGUGAUCCAACACACAAGCUCGUUUGAGAAGCAGGAGAGCAUAUCCACUGAAAGUCAGGAAGCAGACCUCAAAGAGAGUCAGCAAAGGCAACAACCUGAGCCAAAACCAUCACCCACUACAUCUCGCCUCAUACGCCAGCGAAACAUUCAAGUGCCAGAGAUCCUUGUUACUGUGGAGCCUGAUGCUGACAUGCCAUCUGUGUCACCACCAGUGACAGCAUCCUCAUCCAAGGAGGCAGAGAGAGUGGAGGAGUUCCAGUGGCCUCAGCGUAGUGAGACCCUGGCCAAGCUCCCUGCAGAGAAGCUGCCACCAAAGAAGAAGAGACUCCGCCUGGCAGAGGCAGCCCAGUCCUCUGGGGAGUCUAGCUUUGAGUCUGUGUCUCUGCCUCGCAGCCCCAGUCAAGAGAGCAACAUCUCACACACUUCAAGCCUCUCUGCGUCUUUUGAGGAGACAGCAAGAUCAGAUUCUGCCAUCUGGGCCUCCAGUAGCCAAAGCUCCCAGAUGUUGAUGGUGCCAUCAGCUUCCCACCAACACCACCAAAGCCAAAAGGAAAUGAGGCGUUCAGCCUCUGAGCAGACCCCACCUAGCCCACAACAAACAGAGCAGAUCUCAGAGACUAGGAGUAAAUCAUUUGACUACGGGUCCCUGUCUCCUCAGCAGUCUUCGUCCUCCUGGAAAGAAAGGAGGAAAUGUCUCCUUGUGAAGCAUGCCACCUUGGGGGAACCUGAGCAGGAGGAGGGGACCAACAUGAGUCACUUGUCCAGAGCAGAGAGUCCAAAGCCUGGGCCUUCCCACUCAAUCCACCUGCCACCCUACUCAACCGAGGCAAGCUCUUGCUUCAACCCUGAAGCUGCAGGGAAAGCAUUGCAGCUGUUGCCACGACAAAUCUUCCCACCCUCUCAGGAUAUGCUCCUUUAUCAGCCCAGUGGCCAGCAAAGGUUUCCCCAAGGACAGCUAUCUCAGCUGCUCCCUGUCUCCACAGGCAUCUCUGAUGUGCUGUCUACCCAAAUAAUCCAUAGAGCAUUCUUACAUUCACAGACAGGACCUCCACCUAUACAGUUACACCCAGCACAGAUCCACAUGGCUGAACAGUUAGGUAUACCUUUCCCUCAGCUUCCUGCUCUUGUUCCUCUGCAGUUCUCUUCCAGGACUAGAGCUAAUCAGGCACUGUGCUUGCCUUUGUCUUCAAGACUUACCACACAAGUUCCUUCCAUUGCAACUACGGAGAGCAGACCCGCCAUCGCUGCUAUGUCAUCUGCCCUUCCACGUCAAGCCCUUGUAAGAAUCUCUUACCAUCACCCAAGGCCGGUUAUUGCCACAUGCCUGGCACAGCUUACACCAUUAGUGUCCAUUGUGGUGCCAGUGCGACUACAGACCCAUAUGCCGACCUAUGCUAAUGCCAUGUAUACAACCCUGUCCCAGAUCCUGGCCUCCACCUGUUCACAGGGACCCAUUUCUUGCACAGCUAUGGUCAUCAUGGGUCAGGUAGAACGGAACAAGCUCCAAAGGUCCUACCUGAAAGUCCCCUCCCCUGACUUCAAAAGCCUUCUUUCCAUUUCUCUCCCCACAGAAAUGGCCUCGGGUUCUGGGGAGGGGUACGGCCCUCUGGGGGCUGGAGGAAGUAAGCGCAUGCUUUCCCCUGCAGCUAGUCUGGAGCUCAGCACAGAGGCCCAGCGUCACCAGAAAAGGGUGAAAGAGGAAGGGGAAAAGGAGCAACAUAAAGCAGAGGAGGAGGGGGACGAGGAAGAGGAGGACAAUGUGGUACAGAAGUUUAGACAAGAAAAAGCCAAUGAGAAAAAUCAAGAGGUGGGAGAGGAGAAACAGGCACAGAGAGUGGAGUUCACAGCUGUUAAAGUGGAGGGUCAGCCAGAGCAAGUACCAAGGACACAAUAUGCGGAGGAAAAGAAGAAAGAGGAGGGGAGGAAGGAGUCAACAAGCCAAAAAAAGGAGGGGAUGCUAGUUGUGAAGGAAGGCAUUAAAACACCAAGCAUCCCUUCAUACCCCAGCCUCGACACCUCCACCUCAGUCAACUGGUGCUACCUAAACUACGUCAAACCCAACCCAUCUGCCCUAUCGGACCCUUGCUCUUCAGUGUAUUCCACCUGGAGUGUCAGUGCUCAUAACCCAAACUUGCCAGGACUCAGCACUAAGUCAGUGUUGUCUCUACUGUGCUCCAAACAAAAGCACAGCUCUGAGACGUACACCAUGGCAACAGCCCCAACCCUAGCCAAAAGCCAGUUGGCCCCUGCCAGUAGCAGCACCUCACGUGUGUCAGAGGUACAUGCCACCCCAGCCAGCACCCUCGCCAGAGUGAAGGAUGAACAGCAGCAUGAAAAGGAGGAGAAAAAAGAGACGACAGAGGAGGAACCUUCCACCUCCAAACACAGUGAGGUUCCUCGAGUUCGCAUCUUUGAAGGCGGGUAUAAGUCCAAUGAGGAGUAUGUUUAUGUGAGAGGUCGUGGCAGGGGAAAGUACAUAUGUGGAGAAUGUGGCAUCCGCUGUAAGAAACCAAGCAUGCUAAAAAAGCACAUCCGAACACACACAGAUGUCCGUCCUUACGUCUGCAAACACUGCAACUUUGCCUUCAAAACCAAAGGAAACCUUACCAAACACAUGAAGUCAAAGGCUCAUGGGAAAAAAUGCCAGGCGAUGGGAGUAUCUGAGUCAUCCCUGGACGAGCCAGAGAGCGAGGAAACAGCAGGAAGUGAUGAGCGUGUGUGUGGCUCAGAGGAACAAGAGGGACACCAGUUUUCUGAUGUGGACGAGUCUGAGGAUGACGAUGACAAUGAUGAUGAUGAAGAGGAAGAGGAGGAGUCUGCAUCCCAUGAUGACCCACCAUCCUCUUGUUCAUCCGACACCCACCAAUCAACAGGAGGGCAUUCCUGGCACUCUCAGCAGGGCACUCCUGAAGCCGAGCCUCUGGGUACCGGUCUCAGCCCCGGUCAGGAGCCUUCUCACAGAGGGGUCUGGCCCAGAAGACGAGCCACCUCUCCAGGCAGCAGGCGAGCGCUGUUUUCACGACGGGGCUGGAAGGCGUCGCCCCGAGGAUUCUCCCCCAGCAGUGAGAGCUGCUCCCCCAGCCGCAGCCUCUCCCCUCGCCUGGAGCUGUCAUCACCCAUCCACAGCUUCUCCCCCAGGACGGAGCUUUCCUCACCCUCCCAGCAUAUCUCACCCUCCCCAGAGAGAGGGCCAUCUCCCAUCAGACCCCUUUCCCCUCUACGGCCCAUUUCGCCCAGCUGCCACCGUUCAUCACAUGCAAGGACCCUUCCCUCACCUUUGGGUUUUCAGCACAGGACCCCUGGGUACAUGCCUUGGGAGACCCCAGGGACAAAGCGUGGUCAUGUCAGACAGGACAAAAGUGGUACUGAGGGACCAACAUUGCCAGAAUCCAGCUUGUUUCCGCCUUCUUUCCGUCUCUCCACAUGUGAGGGUUAUCCUGGCCUUCAAACAGUAGACACCACCUUCAGCCAUCUUCCCAUGCACUCCCAACAAGCCAGGGUCCCCUAUCCCAUGAUCCCCAUCGGAGGGAUCCAAAUACUACAAGCCAGACCGAGGUCCCACCCUACCACCCCCUCAUCCCCAACCUCACCCCCCAUGGAAGGGCCGUCUUUUGCCAGGUUUGAAUCUUACUGGGGCGGGACCCCCAGAACUCAAGGGCUUAGGACUCCUGGAGACCCCUGGUCAGAGCACCAGGCAGCAGGAACCAGCCAACCAGUGCGCUGCGUUUACAGCACAGCAUUCACAUGUUCCAAACAGGUGGAGACCACAGACUCGAAGCAAUAUGGCAGCUCACAUGGCUCCGUCUACAUCCCCAGCUCUGCUGGCGGGACGCCUGAACGCGGCGUCAGAGACAGCCGUUCAAGCGCCCCCCCAAGUGUCACAGCCCCAGUAGCUUCGCGUCUCAUUGGACAGCUGCCAGAAGGGGAGGAGCCACAGUCUGGUGGCGGGAUGGAAAAGCAAGGAGCUAAAGGAGAAAGAACAGACCAGAGCACUUAAAGUGUCACACCUUGAUGCGUCAUGCAUCCAAUUUUGGUUUAUUGGUUGCUACAUUAGUCUUGUUUUUUAUUGCUUUGUUUUUAUACAGUUUUCAAUACUAUUGGUAACUUAAAUGUUUGUUCUUUGGCAAUAUUCAGGUUUGUUAUUAAAAAUGCACUUUUUUCUUUGUAAAAUAAUGUCUAUCUAUAUAUAAAUUAUAUAUAUACACAAAUAUAUCCCUCCUGUAUCUGUAUUGAUACUGGUAAUCGUAAUGUUUGUUCAAAUGUAUGUAAAUGAAAAAUUUAUACAUUUGUAAAUGACCAAAAUCUUUAAUCAACAUAAUUCCGGUUUUUGUUUGUCCAAAUUUUGUCCAGUAUUACUCAAAUUGUAGUUACUUGUGCCUUUUCUGUCCAGGUUUGUGUUAUGAGAUGUACAGUGCAGAGAGAAGGCUGUGAAAAUAUUCUUCUUUUUUCCUGGGAGUUAGUAUUUUGAAUGUUUCUGUUCUAAAGGCCAUGGCUUUAAUGACAGGGUAACAAAGAGAGGUGGUUUUGAAGGAGCAGCAGAAACGUGUCAAAGUAAUUGCACUGAAGUUCUAUUUUUUUACAACAGAAGAUUUUAGAUUAGAGAUUGUCUCUGUACAGGGAAGAGCGCUCCUUAUUUAUUGUUGUUGAAUGACAAUGAUCAUUGUUUUCAAGGUGUUUUUUUUUUACUUUUUUUAACAGAAAAUGAUGUUUUUCUGUCUUUUUCAUGAUAUUUCUGUGACUUGAAAUGUUCAAAAAGAUGAGGGAUUGAGUUUAGCUGGUACAAGAGGAUUAAGUGCCCUGCAGAUUUCACACACAGCAAACUUUCUAGUCAUUGAAGAAAUAAAAAAAUGCACCUGA